AUGAAGGGCAACGAUGCCAUAAUCUCCCAAAUUCUACGAAGAAAGAGAAAACGGUUCUGGUACUUUUCACUCGCCAUCGUUUUUCUCGUUAUUCUUGCUGUCGUCCUUCCAGUAGCCUUCGUAUUUUCGCGACGAAGACAUCCCAAGGGUCUCAAAUCCACCGUUCUGGUACCGUUGUAUAUCUACCCCAUCCCUGGCGCCUGGGAGCCGCUGCAUGAGGCGAUUAUUGCUCGUCCAAACCUGAACUUCACCGUGAUAAUCAAUCCGGACUCCGGGCCUGGGUCAACGCGAUAUCCCUCCAGCGAGUACACCUCUGAGGUCCAAAGGCUAAACGUGUAUCCAAAUGUGCGAAUGAUGGGGUAUGUUCGCAUUGGUUACGCCAAAAGAAAUCUCACCGAAGUCCUCGAGGAUAUUUCUACAUAUUCUGGGUGGUCUGUGAACCCCAAUGCGACUGAUCAGGCGGUACAUGGGAUCUUCUUCGACGAGACCCCAAAUGAAUAUACUUCAGAGGUCUCCGAUUAUCUCAAAAGCAUUAACCAAGCAGCCAAAAACGCAGCUGGUUUGCUGCCGGCUCGAACCAUCAUUCACAACCCAGGUUCGAUACCUGACGCCCGCCUCACGGAUGCUGACGUCGAUAUCACUGUCGUCUUCGAGGCAUCCUAUCAGGAGUAUCAGGAGGAUUCGUCAUCCAAAGCCCUGCGAGCCCGGCUGGCAUCGCUUCCAAUUGAUAGAUCACGUGUCAGCUGUAUCAUGUUCUCCGUACGCACUGGCAUGAGCCAAGGCGAUCGGAGGAGUUUGGCGGAUGAGUUAAGCCAACACGCAGAGUUUCUCUACCUCACAGAUCUGAGCCAGAAUUAUUAUGAGAGUUUUGGGCCGCAUUGGCAGGAUUUCAUUGCUGCCAUACCGACCUGA